UACCAGGAAGUGGACAUUUCUUAUCUUCUCCAACCAGCUGGAAGGAACAACGUCAACUCCUGUAAUAAGAUCUUUAAUGUCAGUUCUUUGGCUGAAAUUAAAGACUCCUUCUCAUUCAAACUGCACCACCCAGCCUCCGCAGACAGUAACUGCAGAUGUUCACAUCAAGUUGUUCAUUCUCAUCUAUUGUACCAUCAUUUUACACCAACCAUGGGCAACAGAUCUUCAAGGGAUUUAAAACUAAAGAAGCAAACUGUCUUUAAUUCCUGGGUUUACAGGAUUCCUGCUCUCUGCUACAAUGAAGACCAGACUCUUCUGGCCUUUGCAGAGAAGAGGAAAUGUCAGGACGACACGAGCAGCAAACACUUGGUGAUGAAAACAGGAACGAUAAAGGAGGAAAACUCUAAGAAAACCAUUGAGUGGUCUGAUUUCAAAGAGGUGAAGAAUGCUCAUCUUGAUGGAUACCGUCCUAUGAACCCCUGCCCGGUGUAUGACAGAGACAACCGAACACUCUUCCUGUUCUUCACCUGUGUGGAAGGAACUGUGUCAGAGCAGUGGCAGAUAGACAACCGCACCAAUAAAACCCGUCUGUGCUUCGUUACAACCACAGACAUAGGCCACAGUUGGAGCACAGUGACUGAUCUCACUGACACACUGAGUGAAAUUAGACAAUGGGCCACGUUUGCUGUUGGUCCAGGUCACGGGAUCCAAACAGAGAGUGGUAGAUUGAUUGUUCCACUGUAUGCUUACUGUAUCUCUAUGGACAAAUGUAGCUGCCCCAACCCGUAUGUGUUCUGUCUCUAUAGAGAUAAAAACGACAGUUGGCAUCUUGGAAAACCGCUUAAAAAAAAAUCACUGGAAUGUGAAAUGGCAGAGAUUUCUGAUGGCAAACUCUACUGCAAUGCCCGUAGUAAGGGAGGCUACCGGGUGGAAGCUCUCAAUAUGGAGACCCUCAAAGAGACUAAUAUGCUUGUGGAAACCGGUGGAGGCUGUCAGGGAAGUGUGGUUUCCUUUCCAGCUCACAUUAAAGCUGCAGAUUGUGAACCAAAGUGGCUGCUGUUCAGCCACCCGACUGACCGGUCCAAAAGGAUCGACUUAGGAGUUUAUCUGAAUAAAUCUCCAAUGAAACCAAAAGCUUGGAGGAAACCCUGGAUCAUCAACAGAGGACCCAGUGGGUACUCAGACCUGGCUCACAUUGGUGAUGGUUGGUUUGUGUGUCUGAUGGAGUGUGGAGAGCAGAGAGAAACUGAGCAGAUCGCCAGUGUACUUUUCACCUACGAUGACUUAAAGUAGGGAAUCAGAGAGAACUGCUGUUAAACUUCUUCUGUGGUUUUGUUUUCCUCAUUCGAGACUUCACAGUGAUGUUUUAUGAUUUGAAACUAUUAAACUGAAAUCCUUUGUAUAUAUUAAAGAUGGCUUCUAUUCACCUAAAAUGAUGAAGGGCUCUAUGAAUACACCUGACUUUAAGAUGCUAAGAUUAUAUAACCCAAAUUGAAAGUGUAUGAUAAUAGGCUAAUGCUAAUGUUAAUGAAGCAUAUGAAGCAUUGUGAAAGUGAUCAGAUAGACUUUAAAGGUUUGUAGCUACGAGAAGAAAGUAAAACGACACCUCAUAUAUUAAAAUAUAAUAAAGUGCUUAUAAUUACUCACACUAUCAUUAACAACCAUAUUGAUGAUGUGUUAUACUCUACUAACAUUCUGAGGUCUGAUUCAAAGAUGAUGUAUUGAAAGUUUAUGUUAUAAUUCUUUUUUACGUUUUUAGUGUAUUUUUUAGCUGAAGGGACUCACUGAGAAUGAGCUGUCAAUCACAAGGUAGCCCCGCCCUAAAGUAUGUACUGUACUGUAUAUGUAC